UUAAAGGGUCCUGGGACAUGGCCUAGAUUAAUUGACGAGUUGAUAAUGUUGUAAAUGGGCUCAAUUGAUACGGGUAGUAACUCUUUUAAUAAUUUAGUUGGUAUGGGGUCUAAUAAGCAAGUUGUAGAUUUAGAUGUUGCAAUAAGUUUAAUUAAAUCUUCCUGUUUUAUAGGUGAAAAACACUGUAGCCUUUCUUUUGGGGAGAUGGUUGGUACUAAUUCAUAGGACAGACUUGGAGGUUGAGUUUGUACUAUUUUGUCUCGUAUGUUUUCAAUUUUCUCUGUAAAAAAAUUCAUGAAAUAAUUGCUACCAAGGUGCGGCGGAAUAACCAGAUCAGGACAUUCAUACGUCUAAAAACACCUUCCAAAGACCAAAGAAGAUGGCAAGAUUUGCAGGAACACAGGAGAAAGAUUUAAGGAUUGUGCUGUUGGGGAGAACUGGAGAUGCAAAAAGCAGCACCGGGAACACAAUACUUGGUGAAGAUGUUUUCACUGCCUCCUGUGGAGCCUCUUCAGAAACUUCUGAAUGUAAAUCAGAAACCCGAGAGAGAAAUCAUUGCAGAAUUAAUAUGAUUGACACACCUGGACUUUUUGAUACCAAACACAGUGAGGACAUCUUGAAAAAAGAAAUACUGAGAUGUAUGAUUGAAUGUGCUCCAGGACCUCAUGCCUUCAUGGUUGUUUUUAGAGUGUGCAGAUUCACUGAACAAGAACAAGAUGUUGUAAAGCAACUGAAUGAUUUGUUUGGAGAACAAGCUCUAAAAUAUUCACUUGUUGUCUUUACUCACGGUGAUCAACUUGAUUCCGGUAAAACCAUUAUUGAUUUUGUUAAAAGUAAUACAGAACUUAACAGUUUUGUUAAUAAGUGUGGAGGUGGCUGUCAUGUCAUUGAUAAUAAAUACUGGAAGAACAGUCAGGACAACUACAGGAAUAACACAGUUCAGGUUGAGAAUAUAAUCAGAAGUGUAGAAGAUAUGAUGAGGAGAAAUGGAGGAGGCUGUUACACCAAUGAAAUGCUGCAGAAGAUUCAGGCAAGAAAAGAGGAAGAAGAGAAGAAACAAGUCCAGUCUGGAUGGAAAUGGGCAGGAUUACUCAAAGAGUUGGUGAUGCAGUAUGCAGCAGUGGGUUUUAAGAAGCUGCUGAAACGUUUUUGGGGGAAUAAGACGGAUACUUUGUAGUUUGAAAGAAUCAACACAUAGGCUAUUUCCUGUACGGUAUGUGGGAUUGCUUUGCAGUAACAUCUAACUAAAGAGCUGUUUUAUUUUUUAUGACUAUAAAUGUCAUUGAUUUUCCAACAUGGGGUUUUAGAAAUACUUGUGUAAAUGCAUUACAAAUGAAAGUGAUUGAAUCCAUAUGUAAUAUUUGGUGAUACAGGGUUGUCUUAAAAUGAUCAGUUGAUAUAAAUAUGCAUGUGUCACCGUCCCGUCUGUCCCCCUGCCUGUUCCUCUGGUUUCUCCCUUGGACUACAUCACCCAACAUUGUGUUUCUUUAUUCUUUGUCUCGUCUCAUACGUUAGUUAAUAUAACUGUUUGCAUUACCCUUGUGUAUAUGUUUGGAUUAUUAUUAAAG